GCUCAAUGCAGACAGCCCAUCGCGAGCUCUGCCGCAACGCCAUGCGGUGCUGUGAAGCCCAUGGCAGGUGGGGUCCCCGAAGCGAGAAACUGGCCUGAGGUCUCGCCGCCUGGACCGUACUUGAUGAGCAACGUCGGAACAGCGCCGGUGCCAGCCAUGGGAAACGUCCAUGUGAACCAGGUUCCAUAUGGGUCGUAUGGCAUGAUGCCUGGAAUGCUCAACCCAAGUGUGCCACAGCCUGUGACCAUGAGUAACCCAGCGGCCAUGGGCUUGGGACCAGGACUUUUCCAUGCCCACGUGCCACCACCUCCUGCAGGAGGCCCAGGGGCUUAUGAGCAUCCAGAGUCGGUGGGAGCUGUUGGGCCUGUCGGAGCCUGGCCUACCUGGACUGGGUAG